GAAAAUUGUUUUGUUUCGUGAUCCAAUUUGAGUGAAAGUGAAAUCCUAAAGAAAACGACGUCAUUUUUUUUUUUUGUUGCUGUUGUUUAAUAUUAAGAAAAGAAUUAAAAUCCAAAUUAUUUUGUUUAAAAAAACAUUCGAAAGACGGAUUGUUAAGAACCCAAAAAACUAAAAAAAGAAAGAAAUGAUGAUGUCAAGAAAUUCAUCAAGAAAUCAUCUGGACAACCAAUGUCAGGAAUGUGGUUGCCAUUGUGAUAGCUGUAUGAAUAACAACAGUAUACAUUUACAUCAGGAAAUUGAAUCAUUAAAAGAAAAACUAAAAGAACGUGAACAACAGAUUGUAUCAAUGGAAGGACAGAUUAUAAGUCAUGCAAAACAAUUUCCAAAAGGUGAAAUGCAAGCAUUACGUGAUAAUCUUUAUCAUUGGCAUGAUAAAUAUGAUCGACUAUUAGAGAAUUAUCGUCGUCUACAGAAAGUAAAUCAAAGUUUAGAGGAUAAAUUAUUACGUGUUGCUGAUCGUUUUGAAACCGAACGUAUCGGUUUAAAUCAAAAUGUUGAUCAAUUAAACAUACGAUUGGAUGAAGCUAAUGCUAGCCUAUCAUUGAUGAAACAACAAAAUGAACAAUAUCGUAAUGAUUAUGAUUUAGCCAUACGAAUUAUUCAAUCAACACCAACGACAAUGAUCAAUAUUGGUUCGUUUCCCGAAGAUUUUCAAUCACGAUAUCAUAAACAUUUAGAUGAAAAACAGAAUAAACAUGAUCGAAUGUUAAAUAAUGAAAAUAAUAUGAGAAUAAAUCAUCGUGUACCGAUACCAACAUUUCCACCUACUGCUAUUCUAUAUUCAUUAAAUGAUGAAAAAUCAUUUAUUAAUGAUAAAGAAAAAUUAUCAAUGAAAUCUGAUGAACAGACUGCUGCAGCAAUACGUUUAACACAAUUAUUAACAAAACAACAGAAUAUUUGUUCAAAUUGUAAAACUAAUAUCGAUAUGAAUAUUAAUCAACCGGAUUUAAUAAGACCAUCGAAAAUAAUAUCGAAUGAUUCGUUUAUAAUGGAAAUGUCAAGUAAAAAUUUAUCACCAUCAACAACAACAAUGAUGAUGACAUCGAAAUCAUCAUCAUCAUUAAUGAAUAAUGAUAAUAAUCAUACGAUUAUUAUCUAGUAGAAGAAAAAUUAAUAAUAAUAAUAAUUUAA